CAGCAACAUCCGGCGUGGGUCCGUCUUCUAUCCCAUUCCGAUGGGAAACCACUUCCGGCAAUGUUGGCGUUUGCCCAGAAGGCACUCGCCGGGCCUUUUAUUUCGCACACCUGGCGUUUCUCUUCGGAGAGAGGACACCAAGCCGGAAGAGGAUGGCUGCGGCCGCUCUGAAGAGAUUUUGGUCCCGAAGCCGGGUAGAGGCGGUUGAUGCUGCGGCGGCAAAGCCUGGCGUGUGGGCGCGGUUAGGUGCCUGGUCCCGGGCGCUGCUCCGGGACUACGCCGAGGCCUGCGGGGACGCGGCGGCAGCGGCGCGGGCCCGGCCUGGGCGGGCGGCGGUCUACGUGGGGCUGCUGGGUGGCGCGGCGGCCUGCUGCGCCUUGGCGCCGAGCGAGGCGGCCUUCGAGGAGGCGCUGCUCGACGCGUCGGGGACCCUUCUGCUGCUGGCUCCCGCCACACGCAACCGCGACUCGGAAGCGCACGUGCAGCGGCUGCUGUGGCUGCGGGGUCGAGGCUGCCUGCGCCACGUAAGCCUGGGCCUCUUCUCGCUUGUGUACGAGGCGCCCUUCGACGCCCAAACCAGCCUCUACCAGGCCCGUUGCCGCUACUUGCAGCCCCGCUGGAUCGACUUCCCGGGUCGGAUCCUGGACGUGGGCUUCGUGGGCCGCUGGUGGGUUCUGGGGGCCCGGAUGCGCGACUGCGACAUGAACGACGACGAGUUCCUCCACCUGCCGGCACAUCUGCGCGUCGUCGGGCCGCAUCAGCUGCACUCGGAGGCCAACGAGCGGCUCUUCGACGAGAAAUACAAGCCUGUGGUGCUCACCGACGAUCAGGUGGACCAGGCGCUGUGGGAGGAGCAGAUGUUACAGAAGAAGAAGAAGGACCAGCUCGCCCUGAGCCAGGCCGACUCGUUGCUGAAAUCAGAGGUCGCGAGAUGAAACCUGGUGGGGAACGGGCUCUGAGACCCGACAGAAUGUUCGCCUGGGAUUGUGCAAUUGGUGUGAGCGAGCUUCAUGUGCAGAGUGAUUGACAUAAAUUAUGUGUGGAGUUCUCUCCCUGGGUUUUCACAGAGUUGGGGGCCUCCCUCUCAUCUAUUCCUUGUAAGCCAACCGCUAAUGCAGCGCCUCCUUGGUCUAGGAGUUGGGGAGAGCAGAGCGAUAUGCCCUGUAAUGUUUAUCUGCCAUAGCUGGUGAUGAGCCUUCUGCGUAAAUAAGCCUUCCUCUCUGGGCUUCACGGUUUCCGACUGAGGUAUCACAGUUACUGGGUGAUUUCCAAGCUCUCCUAAGAACUUGAAAUGUUGAUCCUCUAUUUCCACGAGUAACAUCUUUUAAAAUGUUGGAAUAAUUGUAGUUGCAGAAACUGGAAAAAUAAGAGGCAUGCUGGGUAGCCUCCACCCAGCUUCCCCCAAAUGGUAAUGGUCUAUAUAAGCAAUACAAACCAGGAGAUUGACAAUCGUAUGACUGGAUUUUACAGGAAAGUUUUUUGCAAAAACAACCUGCUUUUUACCAUAUGUGUAUUGAUAGUGAUGUUAAAGUGACUUGGAGGGAUAAAGCAUUUUCUGACCUAGAAGUCAAUAUGGAAUCUUAGCUUCUGGUGAUGUUAUACUUCAGUAACCCUAAAAAUACACAAUCCCAUGGAAAGGAAUAUGUUGGUGUACAUAGCUGGGUUAUAGAAGUCAUAUUUUUAAAACUAAAGUAUUAGAGGAAUGAGGCUACCUCUGUCACCUAGGUGGCCUGUGGCUAGCUAAUAAACCAGGAGCUGAAACAAC